AUGACCCGCACGGACCCGCCGGACCUGCUGGUGUCAACGGUGUACCAGGACAUCAAGGUGGCGGCCCCGGGCCCCGCAUCGCGGCGCCCGACAUGUGAGCGCGCCAUGGCCCGGCCUGCUGCGCCCGUACAAGUCAACAAGCGCUACUGCCGCAGCUUCGACUUCCUGGAGGCGCUGGACGGGCCGCCCAUGGAGGGCCACGGAGGGCGUGGGCGCCCCGAGCCGCCGCGCCCUGAGCCACAGCCCCCCGAGCCUACCGCCCCUCGCCCCCGACCCCGCGAGGGCGAAACCCGGCGCCGGGCCCGCUCCAAGAGCGCGCCACGCGCACCUCCGGGCCUGACGCCUGCCGCGCCCGCCUCACCCCCGGUGCUGCCGCGCCGAGGCCGGGACGCCCAGCGGGCAGCGCGCAACGAGACGUCGCCUCGCCGGGAACCCACGUACCCUGCGCUGCGCGCGCUGGCUAACGAGCUGCAUCCCAUCAAGCUACAGCCGCAGCGGGGUGGCCCAGGCCGCAUUGCACCCCUGUGCGCCACCGCUGGCCGCUGCCCGCAGCCUGAGCCACCCGCUGGGCCAGCCCCGCACGUUCGCUGCCGCCUGGACAUCAAGCCUGACGACGCAGUGCUGCAGCACGCCGCCCGGGGCCCGCGGUCCUCGGGACCCACCGACGCUGCACCCUGGGUCCGCGGCGGCGCGCCUCUGCACGGCCUCACGGUGCCAGGACCUCGGCACGUGGCUCUGUCCCGCACGCCCACUCCCAGCGAUUCCUACUGUGUGGAUCCCCGGGCGCUGUACUGCGACGGGCUACCUGGGCCCCGGGACUACACAGAGCGACGCAACCCGUCCUUCGCCACCCCGCCCGGCCCCACUCAAUUCUUCUACACCGAGGAGCCCGACGGCUACCCUGGCGGCUUUGCGGGCAGCCCGGGCCCUCCCUUCGACGCCUACUGUCCCAGGCCUUACACGACGGAGGAGCCCCCGGGGCCCAGCCCUCAGCACCGGCGCGCUUACUACCCAGGAGAAGUCCGAACCUUCCCGAUCCAGGAGCCGCCCUCACGCUCCUACUACGCGGAGGCGUCCCGCGCCUACGGCCCGCCCUGUGGCCCCCGCUACGUCCCCGAGGAGCCCCGGGCCCGCCCUACCGCGCGUCCCUACCACACGGAGGACUGGGGAAGGUACCGUGAGCGCGACGCCCUGGCUCGAACUUACCCUUACCCGCGCGGCAGCCCAGCCUGGGGCGACUGGGGCCCGCGGCCGUACCGCACUCUGCAGGUGACGCCAUCCCCGGACGCAGGGCCGCUGCUCGCCUCGUGGCACGGGGGCACGGGCACCAGCCCACCCAGGCUGGCCACCGACAGCCGCCACUACUCACGCUCCUGGGACAACAUUCUGGCACCCGGCCCGCGCCGGGACGACCCGCUGGGCCGCGGCCGCAGCUACGAGAACCUGCUGGGGCGGGAGGCGCGUGAGCCGCGCGUCACGUCCCCGGAAGGCCCCGACAUGGAGACGCUGAUCCUGACGCCGCCGCCCGGCACGGCGGGCCUGGACCAGGAGGGCGAGGCCGGCCGCCGCGCGCGCGAGGUGGCCUUCAUCCACAUCCAGCGCGAGCUGCGCCUGCGCGGCGUCUUCCUGCGCCACGAGUUCCCGCGCGUCUACGAGCAGCUGUGCGAGUUCGUCGAGGCCAACCGGCGCUUCACGCCCACCACCAUCUACCCCACAGACCGUCGCACCGGCCGGCCCUUCAUGUGUAUGAUCAUGGCCGCCUCCGAGCCGCGCGCGCUCGACUGGGUGGCCAGCGCCAACCUUCUGGACGACCUCAUGUGA